AACAGAGUGGAGUUCCGGUGUAGAAGCUAACCGAGCUAACAAAGCUAACGCAGCAGCAGCAGCAGAUUAAAGGUUCAGUUUUGUUUCCUGACGGUAAACUAACGGCUGUCCAGGCCGAAGGAGAGCACCGACAUCCCGCAGAGACCGCAGAGUCCCGCAGAGUCCCGCAGAGACCCGCAGAGUCCCGCAGAGACCCGCAGAGUCCCGCAGAGACCCGCAGAGAUGCCUGAAACUGAGAGUUACUCCAACCCUCUGGCUCCUGAAGGCCACGAGCUGGACGACCACAGAGCGGCUGCUCAGUCCAAACUGACCAAUGAUGACUUCAGGAAGUUGCUGAUGACGCCGCGGGCGACGCCGUCCUCGGCCCCGCCCUCCAAAUCCAGACACCAUGAAAUGCCGAGGGACUACAACGAGGAUGAGGAUCCUGCGGCGAGGAGGAGGAAGAAGAAGAGCUACUAUGCUAAGCUACGUCAGCAGGAGAUGGAGCGCGAGAGAGAGCUGGCGGAGAAAUACAGAGACCGAGCGAGAGAGAGACGAGACGGCGUCAACAAAGACUACGAAGAGACGGAGCUGAUUAGCACCACCGCUAACUACAGAGCUGUAGGCCCCACGGCUGAGGCAGAUAAAUCAGCAGCAGAGAAACGUCGUCAGCUGAUUCAGGAGUCGAAGUUCUUGGGAGGAGAUAUGGAACACACUCACCUGGUGAAAGGGCUCGACUUCGCUCUGCUGCAGAAGGUGAGAGCUGAGAUCACCAGUAAAGAGAAAGAAGAAGAAGACAUGAUGGAGAAAGUCCAGAAAGAGGCAAAGAAGGACGUGGAGCCGGAGGAGAAGAUCGAGUUUAAGACUCGUCUGGGUAGGAACAUCUACCGUGUGGUGUUCAGGACCGGUCAGGUGGAGAGGAACGAGCUGUUCCUUCCGGGCAGGAUGGCGUACGUUGUGGAUCUGGACGAUGAGUUCACUGACACCGACAUUCCCACAACUCUGAUCCGCAGCAAAGCCGACUGUCCCAGCAUGGAGGCUCAGACGACUCUGACCACCAACGACAUCGUGAUCUCCAAGCUGACUCAGAUCCUGUCGUACCUCCGACAGGGAACACGACACAAGAAGGUCAAGAAGAAGGACAAAGGUAAACUGGAUGAGAAGAGGGCUCCUGAGGCUGAUCUGAGUAUCUUUGACGACAUCGGGGACUACAUCCUGUCCAGCAGCUCGUCCUCCAAACCCCCCAAAGACAAAGACAGGCACCGAGAGAGAGACAGGGACCGAGAGAGAGACAGGGAGAGAGACAGAGAGGACGACAGCAAGAGCAGGAGACACAACUAUUUUGAGAAACCGCGAGCAGACGAACACCAGGUGAUGGAGGUGGAUGCAGGUCCUGGAUCAGUCAGAGAACAGAUAAAGAUAAUCAAUGAGAAGUUUGCAGGAGCAGCUGGAAGUCAGUGGCAGCAGGAACCUGGGUCUCAGAGGAGCAGUAAGGAACAGUUGGGAGAUUUCUUUGGAGGCUCAAACUCAUACGCUGAGUGUUACCCUGCUACGAUGGACGACCUCGCUGUGGACAGCGAUGAGGAAGUGGACUACAGUAAGAUGGACCAGGGGAACAAGAAGGGUCCGUUGGGUCGGUGGGACUUUGACACUCAGGAGGAAUACUCAGAUUACAUGAACAACAAGGAGGCUCUGCCCAAGGCUGCCUUCCAGUACGGCAUCAAGAUGUCUGAAGGCAGAAAGACUCGACGCUUCAAAGAGACCAAUGAGAAAGCAGAACUGGACCGACAGUGGAAGAAGAUCAGUGCGAUCAUCGAGAAGAGGAAGAAGAUGGAGGCCGACGGGGUGGACGUGAAGAGACCCAAGUACUGAAGACUUCCUGUCCAUCAGUAUUGAUCAGUGAUUAUCUGUUGACACAAACAUAACGUUCAUGUAUUGAUCUGUGAAGUGAUUAUUAGUUUUUAAUGUAAACAGACGGAGGUCAAAGGUCACCGUUGAUCAGCUUCAGACUGUUUAACUCCAUACAUAACCUGAUAUCUGUUAUUGAUUAGUUUGUAAUAUCUGAUGUUAUUGAUUAGAUUGUUCCCUGAGUCGUCAAUAAACAUCAGUACAAAUCAAUAAAA